AUGUUAAGAUCUUUAAUAUUAACUAGAGGAAUACAUAUAUCCAGUGCAAACUGGUCAUCUAGCAAAGCACAACUUUUAAAAUUAAGAAAGAAAACAGGAUAUCCAUUUGAAAGCUGUAAAAAGGCUUUACAAUUAAAUGAUAACAGUUUAGAAAAGUCAGAGGUAUGGUUAAAAGAAGAAGCUCAAAGGCUAGGAUGGGCAAAAGCUAAUAAACUUGCCAACCGUGCCACAGCCCAAGGAGUUAUUGCAUUUGCAAUUGAUAAUCAAAAAGAAGUUGCUACUAUGGUGGAAGUGAAUUGCGAAACUGAUUUUGUGGCUCGUAACAAGUGUUUCCAUUCUGUUGUUGAAGUUGUCACUUCAUCUUGUUUAGAUUUUGCUAAACAACAAAAAGCCUUAGAGAAUUCAUUUUCUAAGGUAAAUUUAAAAAGUGGCGAUUUAAUGGAGUUAAGUGGUGCUGAAGGCAAAUCACUGGCUGAUCAUGUUGCAGUUACAAUAGGUAAUCUUGGAGAAAAUGUUACUCUCAGACGUGCCACAUGUUUAAACACUAGAGACACUGGUUUGAAUAUUAUGGGUCUUACUCAUCCAUCAAAUACAACUGGAUCUCAAUUUCUUUCCGGUAAAUACGGAUCACUUCUAAUUUACCGUAAACAACAAGAUGGUGAAAAAAUGAAUCAAAGGUCUAUGGAGAGUUCUCAUGAUGAAAUUCUUCGUCAAAUGUGUCAACAUGUUAUUGGUAUGAAUCCAAAAAAUGUUGGAGUACUUAAUAUACAUGAACCUAUCAAAUCUCAAGAAGUGGUGCCUGCUAAAACAUUUAAUGAAAAUGAUGAUUCAUCCAUGGAUAGUAUAGAUGAAAAAAAUUCAGACUCUACCAUUGAAGAAGAUGGCAUGCUUGAACAAGCUUUUUUAUUGGACCCAUCUAUAACUGUAGGACAAGUAGCAACCGAUUAUGGAAUUGAUAUACUAGAUUUUGUGCGUUACGAAUGUGGUGAAACAUAA